UUUCCGAGUUAAUGAAUUCAGAUGGAAAUUUAUCAAAAAAUGCACAAUGCAUGAUGCUAUUUUGAAUUAAUGAUUAUUUGUAAAUUUUAAAAAGGUUAUUUUCUGUUAAUUCGCUUGAUGAAUCAUAAAUUAUUAUUAAAACUACAGAUUCCAUUUAAGAAUAACCUAAGGAACGAUAGCUUAUCACAACGGCGCCAAUAUUCCCGGCACGUAGAAAGAGGAUAGAAGUUCGCGCAUUUUAAUAUUCCAUCCCACAUCCGUAUUAUUUUCUCAUUCCCUCAUCCAAGUAUUUAGGAGUUACCGAAAGCAUUUACCCGCGAAUUUUUUUUUUCGUGGACAAAAUCGAUUUAAAUAUCUAAGUGAUAAUUAAAUUCCUUGCCCUGCCCUUUAAAAAUAAAUUCCGAUUUUCUCGAGGUUUCUAAAUUUGACCAUAACAAAUAUUACUAUACGCGAGGAAAAUCUUAAGAUCUAAUCUUCCUCUACAAGCUGCCAUUUUUCACCAUAAUUUUUCAUAAUUCUUAAAAUUAAACGAAAAAGAAACGUCAACGCAACGCAAUAAUAAACAUACCCAUGAUUCCAUUUUGAUCUAUUGUUGGCUAGAAUACGCUUUUAAAUCCCUUAUAUUUAGCUAAUCAAUCACUCGCAGCGUUUAUUUUUUUAAAUUAAACGCACCAAAAAAAACGAAUAGUAUUGUCUUUCAUCACGCGAUCCGAUGACGGUGGACAGCGAUCGUUUAGCCAGGCUAAGUUGCUUAGAACGGGAUUUGUUGGACACCAAAACAGGGAUUCACAUUGACGGAUUAUUGGAUGGCAUAACAGCCUUGGUUGCUGAUUGCGAUUUUCCAUCAUCCCAGAGGAACAAAAGCAUCGAGCAUUUCUUGAAUAGAUACACCGGGAUCGCCAAAAGAAUCCAGGAUUGUCGGUUAAAGUACGAAGAUUUUGAAUCCGUCAAGAUAAUAGGCCGGGGCGCGUUUGGCGAAGUUAAACUGGUGCGGCACAGGACAUCGCGCAAGGUUUUCGCCAUGAAACUCCUCAGCAAAUACGAGAUGAUGAAACGCUCUGAUUCGGCCUUUUUCUGGGAAGAACGGGACAUAAUGGCCCGAGCAUCGAGCCCUUGGAUCGUCAAGCUACAUUUCGCGUUCCAAGACGCCAAGUACUUGUACAUGAUCAUGGACUACAUGCCUGGCGGAGAUUUGGUUAACCUGAUGAGCAAUUACGACAUACCCGACAAGUGGGCCGCGUUUUACGCGGCUGAAGUCAUCUUGGCUCUGCAGAUCAUCCAUUCCAUGGGAUACGUUCACAGGGACGUUAAACCGGAUAACUUGUUGUUGGACAAAGACGGGCAUUUGAAGCUAGCCGAUUUCGGUACUUGUAUGAAGAUUGACGAGGAUGGAUAUUGCCAUUGCGAAACGGCCGUGGGGACUCCGGAUUAUAUAUCUCCCGAAGUGCUCAAAUCCCAGAGCGGGGAAGGCAAAUACGGACGCGAGUGCGAUUGGUGGUCCGUGGGCGUCGUGCUUUACGAGAUGCUCGUCGGCGAGACGCCCUUUUACAGCGACUCCCUAGUGGGCACAUACGGCAAGAUAAUGAACCACGAAUCUUCCCUCGCCUUUCCUCCCGAAUUGGAGCUGACUCCCCAGGCUGAAUCUCUUAUGAGGGGUUUCCUGUGCCAUAAAGACGGUCGUCUAGGGUCAGAGGCCAUGGGCGGCAUCUCGGCCCUCAAACUGCACCCAUUUUUCGAGGGACGGGAGUGGAACUUUGACGACAUUCGAAAUCAUAUACCGCCAGUUGUCCCUGAAUUGAACGGAGAGUGCGAUACGAGUAAUUUCGAAGAGAUCGAACCCAAGUCGGUUAGGUUGGCAGAAAGUUUCCCGGUCCAAAAGGCGUUUACGGGUAACCAUCUACCCUUCAUUGGAUUUACCUAUUCCGCAGAUCACAGCUAUUUGAAUAACGAGCCACCAUUGGCGAUUACUAAUGGUAUCGCUCACCAUGCCGAAAAUGAAAUUGAUGUACAGGAACUAUCCAGACUGAAGGAGGAGCUUUCCCGUCUCAAAGAUGAGUUGGAGGAGACGCGCACUAAAUUAUUGUCAGAGAGUCAGAAUCGGGUAGAUCUUGAGUCCAUGUACGAGAUGAAAAGUAAAGAAUUGCAGUUGCUCAAACAAUCCCCGACCCCUGGUAACAAAACGGAGAUGGUAGAUGCCAACGCCUCGAGCCGCAAGGAUAAGCUAGAGAAUCAAAUUUUCGAGCUGACGCAACAGUUGGAAGUUUCGAGAGAGAAAGAAAGCAAGAGUCGAUCCGCUCUGCAAGAAUUAACUCUGCAAUACGCUCAACUGAGAGAAAAUUACGAGGAAAUGGCUGACAAGUACUCAGAACUCCAGGAGGAAUACAAAUCCCUCACUCUCAACAACAAAAGUCUGAAGCUCUCUGUGGAAAAUGAGGCAACGGCCAAGAGCCAGCUGAUGCAGAAGAUCGAGAAAAAUGAAAUCGCCAUUUCUACACUCCAAGGGGAUUUGGCGGAUUCGAGAGAACGUUCAGAACGCUUGCAACGCGAAUUAGAGGCUUCCGUUCGAGAUCUCGAGGCGUUACGCGUGUCUAGGAAUACUGAAAAUGUGCCAAACUUCGAAAAUUCUGGAAAUAUCGAAGAAAUGUUUAACGGAAAACUUAGAAGCUUUCAGCAAGGAGGCGGGGACGCCGGAAACGAAGGGACGGAAGAAAUUCGUGUUAGAGACCUAGCCGAAAAGCUCAGGUUAGAACAAGAACGUCACCGCGAAAUGGAGGCCCUUAUCGCCUCCGCCCAGCUCGAAAACCAACGUUUGAGCGUCGAAAUAUCUCGAGAAAGGGAACGGUGCAGUCACCUAGCCUUGGGCAAGGAACAAGAGCUGCAACGACGUACCCUCAUACAAAACGACCUGGCUGGUCAGUGCAAGAGAUUUAAUUCGCUCAAGAGAAAGGAGACGCAGCUUAGCCAGGAAUUGACAACGUUGAAAGAGCAAAAGACGAAACUGGAAGAAUUUUCUCAGAGACUCAAGAAUGGUCGUUCCAUGAACGAGCUAAAAAUCAAGGAUUUGACCGAGCAGCUCGAAGCUGAGCAAUACUUUGCAGCUCUAUACAAAAAACAGGCCAAGGAGUUUCAAGACGAGGUUGAGGAGAAGGAAAAAUUUCGGAAAGACCUGGAGUGCAAGUACGAGGAGGCGGUUGGCGAAAAGAUGGCCCUUUCCGAAAGGUUGGAAUGUUACAAGACUCAAACGCAUGCUUUGGUGAAACAAAAGCUGGCUGCAUUAGAGCUCGGUUCCCCUUUGUCUCGAGUGUCUACCGACGCUACCAACGGGUCGGAAAUCCCGCCAUCAUCUCAAUCACCACAUACAACCGAACGAGAAAACGCCGAAAAUUCUCAGCUCGUUUUGCUCUCCAAAGACAAGAAUGAAAUACAAGCCAAGCUUAUGGCCCUCGUGAAAGAAAUAACUGGUGGGUGUGUGCCCCACCCCUCUGCUACACCCAGGGAUCUUCUCGAACAGAUUGGAAAACAGCUGAGGCAGGAAAAGCUGCUCAAGAUGCAGGCCGUCAACAAGCUCCACGAGGUCAUGAAUCGCAAAGAUAUCAAGAAAAAACUGGUCAAUAGUAAUAGUAGCAACAAUAACAACAAAAAGGCUGCCUUAGCCAUGGAAGAUCUGCGGAAGAAGGAUAAGGAAUGUCGGAAGUUGCAACAGGAUUUAACGCAGGAAAAAUCAAAGUACAACAAGAUGGUUGAAAAGUAUAGCAAGGACCUUUCCGAGUGCCAAGCUAACCUCUACGAGGAAAGCUCUUCUCGACUCAAAUUUCAGCUGGAACUCGAUUCUAAGGACGCCGAAAUAGAGGCCCUCAGAAAACACGUGCUGUCAAUCAAGAACAGCAGCAAUAUCAACCUGUCCGCCUCCAACAAUGAUAAAUUGGCCAGCAGAUUAACCCCCAAGAGUUAUACCCCAAACUCUCAUCAUCUCAAUCACAACACUACCAUAAAUAUUAUGAAUCGUAGUUCUAUAGUAUCCAACUACAUAGAUCACACCAUAUCUAGUGUCCCUGUUACCAAUAAUGGAGGAGGCGUCACUAAUUCCAGUUCGGGUAGCGGAACCGGAAGUUCGAACGGUAGUUUUAACGGGCGUAGCACCGAAAUAGAUGGCGGUAAUAUGCAGAUUGUUAAUGGCGUUGCAGGUUCCAGGGAACCGAUUGUUAGCGAAAAUAUUAUAUCCACUACAGACGACGAAUGGCUGGAAGGCUGGUUAGGCAUGCCCAAUAAACACAAAAACGUUAGGAAACAGGGAUACUGGCUCAUGCGAUACGUUGUUGCUAACGAAGGAAAACUAUUCUUCUACGAACACAGGAGCAGCGAGGAGAUCCAACGCGAUGCCAGACCCCUCUUUGUGCUAAAUCUUAACAAAGUUUACCACGUCCGUUCGGUCACUCAGACCGACGUGAUGCGAGCCGACAGCAAGGAAGUUCCCCGCAUUUUCCAAAUCCUAUACGCUUCCGAGGCUGAAAUUGCCCAUCCUGCCACACGCAAUCCAUCCUUAACCGCUUCAUUCAAUCCCAUAGAUUCCGCAUCUCAAGGAAACACCACUUAUAGUGGUGGGGACCUUUUGCUCCACAAGGGGCAUCAGUUCCAACCCGUGUUUUUCCACAUGCCCUGCACUUGCGAUCAUUGCUUGAAACCUUUAUGGAAUGUCUUCAAACCUCCUCCCGCCCUGGAGUGCAAGAGCUGUCACCUCAAAGUGCACAAGGAACACUUGAUAGGCGGAAAUUCCUUGCUUGAGGAAACUGUCCCCCCUUGCAAAAUUAGCCUUAACAAUCACUCGGCUAAAGAGCUUAUUCUCAUAGCGGAAAGUUCGGACAAACAAAAGGUUUGGAUCAACCACUUAUAUAAAAUGAUUCGCAAAAGAUCCAUGCUUAUCCGAAAUCCUACCUUUAAUCCCAGACUCUCGAACAAAUCUUCUUUUAGCGGAAUAAGCCUAUCGGGCCAAGGUCUGCCUUCUAUAAACCGCGUACCCUCUAACGCCGCCGUGGAAGCCAAUCACUUUAAAAGUGCCGAAAACGGGGAAGGGAACGCCGUGGAAACCAAAUUUUUUCAUUUCCCUUCCUCUUGCUCUCACGCUAACGGCCCCUCUGCCAGCAAUAAACAACACCCCAACGGUAAUAAUGUAGGGAGACCACUCCCGGCUCUUCCCGACCAAGUUGUGGGCCAAGAUAACCGAAGUCAUUCGACCACCACCAAUCACGACCACCAUUUAUCUGAUCCCACUCAGCAACUCAAAUCUUCCACCCUUCCCAAACAUCUCAAACAAUAAAUUUCGUAUAUCCUUCUAUCAUAAGAUUUGCACUGUGUAAACUGGGAUUUGUUUGUACACGCAAAAUCAGUCAGGACACUAUUAACGAAUCAUCAUAUUUCUAUUUACAACAUCAUUUUUUUUAAGAUAAUUCUAAAAUUUUGUUAAAUAAAAACGUCAAUCAAUCAAAUAAUUUUUUCGCUCCUCCCGUCCUUCGAUAAAAUAAUUAUUUUUUUCUUCCUAUUAAUCGCCGAACACAAAGAAAAUAAAUUAUAAAUUCUCCCUAUUUAUUUUUAAUAUAAUAUAUUAUCGUGCUUGUCCAGACCAAAAUUUUCGCUUUUCGAUCAUAUGUUUUUUUUUAAUCGCCAAAGGAAGAUCUGUAAUUUAUAAAAUUUAUUCAAAUAAUUUUUGUAAUUCUUAAACAAAUGAUAUUAUUUACAUUAAAAUUAUUUUUUUAAUUUUUAUUGGGGAUAUCGAAAUAAUCUGUAAUAACCUAAACCAACUUCCUCACUUUUAUCACCCCUUAACAAAUUAAUAUUUCUCUUAUUAUUAUUUUUUUUUCCAGAAUAUUUUACUUCUUUUUUUUAUCCACUUGUAAUAAAAUGAUACAAGUAGAAAAAACGAUCAAAAAAGAAUGGAAUUUUUAUUUUUAUAUAAAUACGUAAAUUUUUUUAUU